UUUCAGUGCAACAAGCCAUGAAUGUGCAGUUGUCCCAGAAAAUAUAGAAAAGUUAGACUUUUGCUCCACAGGUCUGUCUGAUAAGCUCACAGGUUAUCCAAUUUCAGGAGGAAAAGCACUGAUCAUGGAAAACGUGGUGAUUUUUGACUCACCUGGGAAAGGGAGGGGUUUAAAGGCCGCCAAGGAGUUUUGGGCUGGAGACGUCAUAUUCUCUGAGGCCAGUCUUGCAGCUGUUGUAUUUGACAGUCUAGCGGAACGCGUAUGCCACAGCUGUUUCCGCAGGCAAGAGAAGCUCCAGAGGUGCGGUCAGUGUAAAUUUGCUCAUUACUGUGAUCGAACCUGCCAGCGUGCUGGCUGGGCUGAACACAAGCAAGAAUGCAGCGCCAUCAAAGCUUAUGGAAAAGUACCAAAUGAGAACAUUCGGCUGGUGGCCCGGAUUCUGUGGCGUCUCGACAAAGAUGGGAGCACGGUGUCUGACAUGCAGCUGACCACACUGGACGAGCUGGAGGACCACAUCACGGACAUGCAAGAAGACGAGCUGAAGGAACUCAAAGUGGACAUCCACAAUUUCCUGGACUUCUGGCCACGGACCAGCAAGCAGCACACAGUCGAUGACAUCUCACACAUAUUUGGAGUGAUCAACUGUAAUGGUUUCUCUGUGAGUGACCAGAGGGGCCUGCAGGCAGUAGGAGUGGGUCUUUUUCCAAAUUUGUGCCUGGUGAAUCAUGACUGCUGGCCUAACUGCACCGUAAUCCUUAAUCAUGGCAAUCAAUCGGCUGUGAAUACUAUGUUUCAUUCUCAACGGAGGAUUGAGCUGCGCUCUUUGGGGAAAAUUGCUGAAGGAGAAGAGCUCACAGUUGCCUAUGUGGACUACAUGAAUUUGUCAGAGGAGCGGCAGAGGCUUCUGAAAACACAAUACUUCUUUGAUUGCACAUGCGAACACUGCAAGAACAAAAUCAAAGACGACAUAAAGCUGGGAGGAAGGGAAGUGGACGGUGUAAAGCCUUCAGAGGAGCAAGUGAAAGAGGCAACAGAUUACUGCUAUCAGAUGCUGGAGAAGAUGGACAAAGCUCGAUUAAAUGGCGACUACCAUGAGGUAGUAAAAAUCUGCAGGGAGUGCAUUGAGAAGACAGAACCAGUUUUGGCUGAGACACACAUCUACCUGCUUAGGAUGUGGAGCACAAUGAGCGAAGUGCAAGCUUACCUGCAGUACUUGAAUGAUGCUGCAGAAUACGCCCGAAAAAUGGUGGAGGGAUACACGAAGUUGUAUCCCCCAAACAAUGCCACUCUCGGUAUGGCCGCCAUGCGAGCUGGGGUGAUUCACUGGCAGGCUGGGGAUAUAGAAGUUGCACAUGGCAUGGUUUGCAAGGCUUAUGCUAUCCUCAUGGUCACACAUGGUCCAACACACCCCAUCACCAAGGACCUUGAGGCAAUGCGUGUGCAGACAGAGAUGGAACUGAGGAUGUUCAAACAGAACGAGUACGUUUACCACAGCAUGAGAGAAGCCGCCCUGAAAAACAAGCCCAUGACCAUGUUGCAUGAACCCAAGUCUGUGGAAGAAGGAAUCAAGAAUCUCUUCCACCGGAGGAAGUAACUCCUUAUGCAGCUAGAGUCCGGAGAGCUUGUGUAAUGUGAACACUUGAGCGUUUCUGAGUGUGGAAAUGACAGUCUUUACAUUUAAGUGACACAGCCAUUUUCUGUAUCAUGUUUUGUAGUUACACUUUUAUUAAAAAAUAAACUGU